GGCAGCACGAAGCGUCCAGAUGCCUGGCCAAGGGCAGGACCCGCAGCACACGCGCCAGCCCCUCUCCACACGGAUGUCAAUUCCAAGGGCGUGGCAGGGCAGAAUCCCCUGCGCCCCAACAGACGACUCGCAGGCUCCAGUGACCACUUUCUGAGGGGGCCUGCCAUCCCCUGAGACAGUUAUUUGGGGAGACGGAACGGGGGCGCGGGCGGCCCGGCUCCGCGCACCCGCCCGCCGCGGUCCUCCGGGAGCCGAGUCCUGCCUGGAGCACCAGCGCCCAGGAGGUUGAGGACGCUGGAGGAAAGUUGGGGGUCGGAGCCGCGGAGCCGGGAGCGCGGAAGCCGGGCCGGUGUCCGCGUCUCAUGAAUAUGCAGGAGCCACCUCCCUCCCUCCGUGACGUCACGGGCCGUCCCGGGGUGAGCGCCGGAGCCGCUCCGGGUCCGCGCCAGUGAGCGCGGCUGCUGGCGGUGAGCGAGCGAGCGGCACGGCGGCGGGCAGCUGAGGCCGAGCGCGGCGGCGUCCGAAGCGCACCCAGCAGGCAAAGCGAGGCGGCCGCGGCCCGGCGGGCGCCGGAAGGCGAGAGCCGGUGCGGGCAGCAGGCGGCAGCGGCAGCUCGGCGGCGGCGGCGAGGAUGUUGACCGGGAGGCUGUGCUGGGUGCCGCUCCUGCUGGCGCUGGGCGUGGGGAGCGGCAGCGGCGGCGGAGGGGGCAGCCGGCGGCGCCGCCUCCUCGCGGCUAAAGUCAACAAGCACAAGCCAUGGAUCGAGACCUCAUAUCACGGAGUCAUAACUGAGAACAACGACACAGUGAUUUUGGACCCACCACUUGUAGCCCUGGAUAAAGAUGCACCAGUUCCUUUUGCAGGGGAAAUUUGCGCGUUCAAGAUCCACGGCCAGGAGCUGCCCUUUGAGGCCGUGGUGCUCAACAAGACGUCGGGAGAGGGCCGGCUGCGCGCCAAGAGUCCCAUCGACUGUGAGCUGCAGAAAGAGUACACAUUCAUCAUCCAGGCCUACGACUGUGGCGCAGGGCCCCGGGAGACGGCCUGGAAGAAGUCGCACAAGGCCGUGGUCCAUAUCCAGGUGAAGGACGUCAAUGAGUUUGCUCCCACCUUCAAAGAGCCAGCCUACAAGGCGGUGGUGACAGAGGGCAAGAUCUAUGACAGCAUCCUACAGGUGGAGGCCGUGGACGAGGACUGCUCCCCUCAGUACAGCCAGAUUUGCAACUAUGAGAUCGUCACAACUGACGUGCCUUUUGCCAUUGACAGAAAUGGCAACAUCAGAAAUACCGAGAAGCUGAGCUAUGACAAGCAACGCCAGUACGAGAUCCUGGUGACGGCCUACGACUGUGGACAGAAGCCCGCCGCUCAGGACACGCUGGUGCAGGUGGACGUGAAGCCAGUUUGCAAGCCUGGCUGGCAAGACUGGACCAAGAGGAUUGAGUAUCAGCCUGGCUCGGGGAGCGUGCCGCUUUUCCCCAGCAUCCACCUGGAGACGUGCGACGGGGCCGUGUCCUCCAUCCAGAUCACCACGGAGCUACAGACCAAUUACAUCGGCAAGGGCUGCGACCGGGAGACCUACUCUGAGAGAUCCCUUCAGAAAUUGUGUGGAGCCUCCUCUGGCAUCAUCGACCUCUUGCCAUCCCCCAGCGCAGCCACCAACUGGACAGCAGGACUGCUGGUGGACAGCAGUGAGAUGAUCUUCAAGUUCGAUGGCAGGCAAGGGGCCAAGAUCCCUGAUGGGAUUGUGCCCAAGAACCUGACAGACCAGUUCACCAUCACCAUGUGGAUGAAACAUGGCCCCAGCCCCGGUGUGAGAGCUGAGAAGGAAACCAUUCUCUGCAACUCGGAUAAGACUGAAAUGAACCGGCAUCACUAUGCCCUGUAUGUGCACAACUGCCGCCUGGUCUUCCUCUUGCGCAAGGACUUCGACCAGGCUGACACCUUCCGCCCUGCAGAGUUCCACUGGAAGCUGGACCAGAUAUGUGACAAAGAAUGGCAUUACUAUGUCAUCAACGUGGAGUUUCCUGUGGUUACUUUGUACAUGGACGGAGCAACGUACGAACCCUAUCUGGUGACCAACGACUGGCCCAUUCAUCCAUCUCACAUAGCAAUGCAACUUACGGUCGGCGCUUGUUGGCAAGGAGGAGAAGUCACCAAACCGCGGUUUGCUCAAUUCUUCCACGGCAGCCUGGCCAGUCUCACCAUCCGCCCUGGCAAAAUGGAGAGCCAGAAGGUCAUUUCCUGCCUGCAGGCCUGCAAGGAAGGGCUGGAUAUUAAUUCUCUGGAAAGUCUCGGCCAAGGAAUAAAGUACCACUUCAACCCCUCGCAGUCCGUCCUGGUGAUGGAAGGUGACGAUAUUGGGAACAUCAAUCGUGCCCUCCAGAAGGUCUCCUACAUCAACUCCAGGCAGUUCCCGACGGCAGGUGUGCGGCGCCUGAGAGUCUCUUCCAAAGUCCAGUGCUUUGGAGAAGAUGUGUGUAUCAGCGUCCCCGACGUGGAUGCCUAUGUGAUGGUGCUGCAGGCCAUCGAGCCCCAGAUCAGCCUCCGUGGCACAGACCGCCUCUGGAGACCCGCCGCCCAGUUUGAAAGUGCCAGAGGGGUGACCCUCUUCCCCGACAUCAAGAUCGUGAGCACCUUCGCCAAAGCUGAGACCCCGGGUGAGCCAAAGGCCACAGCCCCCAAAUCAGCAGUCUUAGAAGAAAUGCUCCAUAACCUAGAUUUCUGUGACAUUUUGGUACUUGGAGGGGACCUGGACCCGAGACAGGAAUGCUUAGAGCUCAACCACAGUGAGCUCCAUCAGCGACACCUGGAUGCCACUAACUCCACCGCAGGUUACUCCAUCUAUGGUGUGGGCUCCAUGAGCCGCUAUGAGCAGGUGCUGCAUCACAUCCGCUACCGCAACUGGCAUCCAGCUUCCCUGGAGUCCCGACGGUUUAGAAUCAAGUGCUCAGAACUCAAUGGACGUUAUACUAGCAAUGAGUUCAACCUCGAGGUCAGCAUCCUCCAUGAGGUCAGAAUGUCAGACAAGGAGCACGUCAGCCACCUUAUUGUGCAGCCUCCCUUCCUACAGUCUGUCCACCACCCCGAGUCCCGGAGUAGCAUCCAGCGCAGUUCAGUGGUCCCAAGCAUCGCCACAGUGGUCAUCAUCAUCUCCGUGUGCAUGCUGGUGUUUGUCGUGGCCAUGGGCGUGUACCGGGUCCGGAUUGCCCACCAGCACUUCACCCAGGAGACUGAGGCUGCCAAGGAGGCCGAGAUGGAUUGGGACGACUCUGCGCUCACUAUCACAGUCAACCCCAUGGAGAAACACGAAGAACCAGGGCAUGGAGAAGAAGAGACUGAGGAGGAAGAGGAGGAAGAAGUAGAGGAAGACGUGAGCUCCAGCAGCAGUGACUCAGAGGACAGCGAAGAGGAAGAGGAGGAGGAAGGGAUGGGCAGGGGCAGACAUGGGCAGAGUGGAGCCCGGCAAGCCCAGCUGGAGUGGGACGACUCCGCCCUUCCCUACUAGUGCCCGGCUGUCUGCGCCCACCCACGUGUCCCUUUUGUAAGCCUCACCCCAGUGUACACCUAAGUCUAUCACAUGUCGCCUCUGAUUUCUAGGACAGGUCUGGGCAGGCCCUCCCCAGUGUCCUGGAAGCCACCCGUUAUGCCUUGGGCACUCCCUACGUCCCAGCCCCAGGGUAGUUCCAAGAAGCCCAGGGUCAUUAGUGGAGACUUCAAGGUGGACUUUGUCCUGUAGCCCUCACUUUUCCUGCCCUGGGCUCACCCAGCAUCCUGCCGGCCAAUCUGCAGAGUUCUGCCAUUGCUUUUCUCUGCAGGGAAGAAAGUAAGCCUUUAUGUCACUCACCUCCCCCGGGUUCCCCAUGGCCAGGGACCUUGGGUUCCAGCUCACUGUGCGUGUACCUGACCCAGUCUCCUCUUCCACACAGACCAGCAGGUUCUCUUUACCUGACUCUUCAGGUGGCUUCACACAGGCAAGGUGGUCAGACUUCACACACAAGAGGUCUCAGUCCUUAACACUUUAAAGGAAAAUCCUUGUUGAGGCAAAAUUAAAUGUAUAGGGAAAGGUUCACACACAGGCUGGUGCACACCCACAUGCAUACAUACACCCUCCCCAGUUUGGAGAACCUUUCCCCUUUAUCCUUUUGGAGGCCACAUAAAGCUUAGAUGAAAAGUCCAAAACCAAGAAUAGGUCCUUGACCACAGCAGGGCCUGAACCCCAGCCAAAGCUAUCUGCAAACCUACCUGCCUUGGUGCCCUGCUGGGGGCUGCCACCACAGGACAUUGCAGAAACCAGGAAGCACGCCACAGAGGCACUGCCCCAGGCGACAGCAUGACAAGCCUGCAGCCAGGGACCAGAAGGAAAGGCUGAUGAGAUGAGCAGCUAGGCAUCAUGGUGGGCACAGAUCUGGGGGACAGGGGUGAAUGGUGUCUCCUGAGCCAGAGGUUAAGAAGGCUCUCAGCAUCUAGUCUUAGGGUCCCUCAUCACCCGUCUCACCCUGUUUUUCCUCUUAAAUACAUUCCUCUUGGAUGUAUUAGGACAAGCAUGAACUGUGCUGGAUCUAAAAUGAAAAGUUUGGAGAUCUGAAUGCUAGGAAUUAGAAGCAUAUCUGUGAUAGUAACAGCCGCUGCUUUAUUCUCAUAAAAGGAGCAACACUUUGGGUGGAGGGCAAAUAGAUCUGAAACCUAAUUUCUUUCUUCUUAUUUUAAUAAGAAAAUCUUUUCCACCUCCAUCCUAAUGUGGACACCUCAUGACGAGAACUGUUGCUAUAGUAACUCAUCUGUGCUCUUUUGUGACCAAGAGAAUAGCAGGCAAGAAACAGGGUCAUUCUAGGACUUCCACGAGGCUCUGAGACCAUCUUUGUUUUGAAUGUCUCCGGCUUUGUCCUCAGUAUGUACAAUCUGUCCCCAUCCUCCCACAGUCCCUACCCCAUCCCAUAUUGGCAUAGGCACAGAGCUGGCCCCUAGUCACAAUGGCAUUCAGGUUCAAAAGAAGAGAAUCUGUUCAUUUUAUUCACCAUGUCACCAAAACAGAGCAUAAGGGGAACCAUCAUCAGUGUCUUCCACCCAGUGAGGAUCCGUGAUAGGCCUUUGCAAAAUUCUGAUUCAAGAAAACUACCUAAAGUGGCUUUUUCCACCACUGAAAGUGGUUUUUGCAGAUCUGUUCCCUCCUUUGAGCCUCACAAUAAUUAUAUCAGGGAGUUGGGAUAUCUAUCGUCAGGAACAUUUCCCUUACGAGUGAACUGAGGUUCAGAGAUUGAACAUCUUGUUCAGAGUCAUUCAGAGGCAUAGACAAGACUAGACUCCCCACCUUCCACUCUUGGUCCAGUGUCCACCACCCUGCUUCUACUUCUAUUCAUACUUAUGCAGCUAACAGGCAUUGCUGAGGACCUACUGUGUGCUAAGCACUCAGCCAGCAAUGAUGGGAAAUGAUAAAGCUGAGUGAGAUGAGCUCCUCCCCCUCAGAGACAUAAAAGUUGCAAAGGAGAAACAAAUAGGCAUAGAAAUUAUACAAGAGACCGACAUAGAGUGGGGAGAGAAGUCACAGGAAGAAGAGGAACACAAUCACAAGUGCUCUUGUUUUUUCCUUCUUAGGGAAAAAUGAAGAGAGAAGUUUAGAAUUUUAUAUUCAUUGAAUGGAAAUUGACACAUCUGUGAAUUCUCCCAACCAAAAAAAAAAAAAACCCUUUUCUAUCAGGCUGUCUGCACGUCUACAAGGAGAAAAUAGGUAACGCUGCUUAGCCCUCCCAAUUCCCUUAAAAAAUUCUCCAGUUGGGCAUUUAGGAGCUAACAGAAUUCUCCCAAAAUUAUGGCAGUAAAAGCCAAAUUUAUGGUUUAAAACUAACUUUUGUUAUUCAUAAGAUAAUUUGUUUUUACUGUUUCAAGUUUUUAUAUAAAUUCUAGGUAGUUAACAUUUAGUGUAAUAUUAGCUUCAGGAGAAUUUAGUGAUUCAUCACUUACAUACCACACCCAGUGCUCAUCACAACGAAUUCUUUUUAAUUGGAUUUCCAUUUAAAACAUUAAGUCUGGUUUUCGUAAGAGCACCUUGCUCAGUAUGUUCAGAUUGGUUGGGGUGGGAAGGUGUUCCUCAUGCCCUGUGGCUGUCUCCAAUUUCUGCAUCACUUACUCAGGGUUGAGUGAGCUAUUUGGGGCAUACAUCAGGGAGGGUAUGGGAGAAGCAGGUCAAAGUGGCAUUUGGCUAGGGUAGCAGAGUUCAAUCAUCUGUGACUAGAUUGACAGAGGGAAACAAGGGGAACAACACAUCAGGACCCUCUCCAUCAGCUCCUAUUGUAGGAGGUCACACUGCAUGUCAGCUCCACAAGUGAGACACUUGAUGCUGCUAGGUCAACGGAUGUUUAUCACAUCCCAUGCCCCACGCAUCACCAUGGAUGAGAACAAGGAGGAGUGGUUAUAUAGAAGGAGCAAAAGCAUCAGGUGGUAUUCAGGUGAGUGGCAAGUAAUGUCACUUGCCCUCUACCAGAUAUUCUAAUUAUGAGUGAAAAAUGUCACUAAUCAGCCCAGCAUUUUCCAGACUCCAUAUACUGGUAUCAGGGAACCAGAACUCCCAGAUGGCCCAGACGCCAUGCAGCCUGGCAUCUAGACAGCAGCAGCAGCAGAUGCAGGCUCAGACCCCAGAGGAACAGCUGACCAAUCUGGCCACAGGCCAGACCAUUGUUUAUCUUGCCAAGAGGAUGACCAGAUUCUGUUCUCUGGAGCUGGAAAAUAGGCUAAAACCUCUCAAGUGAUUCAGGUGACAGGGAGGAAGAGGAGGUUGAAAUGGAAAAAGCCAGUACAGACUGAGUUGCCUCAAUGGAGUAAAGGAAUCAACCAGUUGGUCACCUGUCUUAAAGAAUACUGAAAGUAUAUUCUAGUAAGUUAAUCAAAUCCUUUAAGUCUGACCAAGGCCCAAAUUUAUGUAGAUAACAAAAAUGUGAUUUUAGUGGGAUCUUAGUUCAUUACCACUUUCUUGAAUGUUCUCCAGCAUCCUAUCAAGCGAAGUUUAGACCACACAUCUCUGCAGGUAACAAGAGCUGUACCUUGUGGACAUGGACCCUCCAGGGAGAGGGCUCCUGGUGGGAAGCAAUGUCCUCCGUGCCUGUACAUACAGCAGAUGUUGGCAAACUCUAUCUGUAAAGAGCCAGAUAGUAAAUAUUUUGUACUUUGCAAGGCCA